CAAUGUAAUCAGUACAAUGGAGAGACGACUGCAGAAAGAAUUAGCAGCACUACAAAAAGAUCCACCAGUAGGAGUUCACAUUGACGCAGAUGAUAUAGGCAAAAAUCUUACAGAAUGGAAUGUGAAUCUAGAUGGAGCUCCAGGAUCUCUUUAUGAGGGAGAAAAAUAUGUAUUACUCUUCAAGUUUGGCAAUAAAUAUCCAUUUGAUUCUCCUCAGGUGAUGUUUACAGGCUCAAGUAUUCCAGUGCACCCCCAUGUAUACAGUAAUGGCCACAUAUGCCUUUCAAUCCUCACUGAAGAUUGGUCACCAGCUCUUUCUGUACAAGCAGUAUGUCUUAGUAUUGUCAGUAUGCUGAGUAGCUGUAAAGAGAAGAAACGUCCUCCAGAUAACAUGUUUUACGUGAAAACUUGCAGUAAAAAUCCAAAGAAAACCAAAUGGUGGUAUCAUGAUGAUGCAGUAUGAUGCUUGUUGUAUCUGAAGAGGAACAGUGUACAUACCAUAUUGAAACCCACCAUCCUACAAAAACAAGUUGGCUAAGUAACAAAGAUGGAAGAAUGUUAACAUACAUGGCUAAAUACACUAAGGACUAUUGACAUAUAAUAUUAUACAGAGAGGAUUUACCCUAAAGGAAUUGAUAGGAACAAAGUUGAUGCCUUUCUUCAGGGACCUAUUUCUUCACGGACUGUAUGCCUUGCAAGGCCUACACAAAAAAUAACUUUUAUCUUGAUGGACAAUAUUUUACAACCAGAAGCAAUCAGUAAAACUGUUAAUUGUGAAAAAGAGUCACAGUCAUAAUUGAUAAGAAAUACAUGUUAGUUUUGUAAAUAAAACAAGUUUUUAAAACAGUAUAGCAAUAUAUUAGUACAUAGGGAAUGGGGUUUCAAGAGUGAGUAGGUAAAUGCCAUAGGUGUUAACAUUCUUGAACUUAUCAUGGUUUUUACUUUAUCUUUUCGCUCUUGUACAACCAGCAGAACAUAAUAAAU